AUGCCGAAAAGGGCUGCUCCGUUGCCGGAAAUUAAGCUCGAACUUCACGGAGAAGAAGAAGAGGUUUACGAAGAAGAUUUUGAGAAGACCGGAGUCAUCUACCAGGCACCUGUAAGUUUUUCUCUCACACUCAAAACAACUGGGAAGUAUUUUCCAGGGGUCUCCGUACAAAAACGGCUGCUUAGAAGAGGAGGAAGACUUUUCCCAUUCGUCAUAUAACGAUACAGAUGAUGGACAGGACGAGGAAUUUUUUGCGACGAAUAUUGAAGUACGGAUUUUCAGAUUUAGGGUUUUUUUUUAGGGUUAUCUUUUCAGGUGCCAGACCCGAGUAUCGAUUUCUUAGAGAAGUGUCAUGGCUUGGGACUUGAUCCCAACUCGCAGGUUCUGCUCACUUCCUGGGAGCUCUAUUUUCGGGCUUCCCAGCAGGUUCUUCUCGAGGUUUGGCUGAUAAUUUAUAUGAUUUAUUCACAUAGAGACAAAAAAUGCAGAAAGGGCGAAAAAAUUUUCUUCCUAAUUGGGGAAGUCUCAAACUGUGAAUGAACUUUUUUCCCUUAAAAAAAAUGUUGAAAGCGUUUUUUGAAGCCCUAUUUUCCGUGUAGCCUUGGACCUCUUGUAAAAUUGUCCCAUCGUCUGAUUCUCUGCUUUUCACACGCUAUUUCUUCUCAGAAAGCUCCACAUCUAGUAAUCAUUUAAGUAUUAUAUUUUUUAGGUUUUUUUUUUAACCAGUUUCUCCAUUUUCUUCUUCAAAAUUAUAUUUUUUACGAGCCUUAAACAUUUCCAGGGCGAUCCCAACGCCUGGAAAGCGGCCGCAAUAUACUAUUAUCUACUAAAUCGAGGCAUAAAACUCAUCGGAAAAUUGCCGAAAGUUCUUUGCGUCGCAUUUCCCUUCGAAGCCGGACGAAUCCUCACAAUUUUCAAUAUCAGGUAGGGCUAAUUUGUAGGUUAAAAUAUGAUUUUCUUAGUGCAAUCGAGCUUUUCGACAAAGUCGCGAGGUUUACCGAGAUUUUGAGUACAAGGAAAACGAGGAGAAUCGCAGAGUUUACAAGGAGAAAUCAGGUUGGUUCAGCUUCCUUAUAAGGAGGUUAUUUCACUUUUUGGUUGGAAAAAUUUGUGAAAAUUGGUCAGAAUACUCUUUGGUUAACUAAAUGAAGGUCAUGUGGGUCUUAAGCUUAAAAAAAUUUUAAUUUUCGCAAAAAAAAAAUGUUCCAAGUUGUAGAAUGGCUAAUUUUAACCGAUUUUGAAGGUUUUCUUUGACUUGGAGCUACUUUUUUUCAGAGAACAGAUUUUUGAAAAUUGGAAUUUCCAGGGUCUUUAUAAGCUUCACCAAACAAAUUCCUAGGAAAAUCGAAAAAAGGCCUUUUUUGGGACAGUUUUUGACACUUCUAACCCCUCCAAAUUUUGAAAAAAUUUUAGAAAAUCAUAUAAUUUCCAGGAAUCCCUCGCACUGUCUUCAGUAGUCUUCAAAAAAUUCCUACCGAUAUUCCGAAGAUUAUUCUGUUUGGUGAAAGAAGAUGAAGCCUCGAAAUCGACCAAUCCAGUUUCGACGUCUCAACUUUUUUCCCUCAUUUGGGUGUCCUACCUCAUGAUGAAAAGUUUGUUUUUUGUUCUGAGAGCCCAAAACUUCUCAAAUUUCAAUUCGUUAUCAUUUUAUUAUUCAUUUUUCCCACACAACUCAGCCUUUUCUCAUAGGUUAAACUAAAAAAUUCGUUUGGGGACCCUCAAAAAGAGCUGAAAAAGAUCCGCUAGAAGCUCCUAAAAUAAUAGAAAAGUCAUUUAAGCUUAUUUUUGAUAGCCUCAGGAUUUUUUUUGAACAGUUUUUCCAGCAUUUUUCAAUUGCGGAGAAUAUGUAACCAUAUGAAAAAUCGGAAAAGGCUCCAUAAAAAUGUUUUCUUGUGCGGCGAGAAAUGUUUCUUUUUGUUGCCUUUUUGCGCCAUUUUUUCAGCCCUUAUGCACCUUUUUUGCUGCCUAUCUCCUUUUCCACCAUUUCUUGAUCCUUUAAAAUCCUAGAAAAAAUGGAAGGCUCGAUAAAAGGACCCUUUUCGCUGCCUUUCUGCGGCCAUUAACCAUCAUUCCUAUUUUGCCCAAGAAAGAUCUUUUUCAAAAGAUCUUUUGUAGGAGUUUUCCGUUUCGACCGAAAUCUUGGCUUCUUUCAGAAAAGUGCAAAAUAAUGUUUUAUUUUAAGCUAGAUGCAAUAUAACUAUCAAUUGAAGAUGAGGAUUAAAAAAAUAGUGAAAAAUAGACAAAAUGCAAAUUUACUUGAGGCAUGUUUCAUAGUGAUAAGAUUUCCCAUAUCGAUCGGAUUAUACAAAAAAAAAAAUUUGAACGAUUUUCUUGAUUUAUUAUCUUCCUAUCAACAUUUUUCUCAGGAUUUCUACCAAACGAGGAGCUUCUCAACGACUUCCAACUUCUGCUUUGUAUAAUCGACGCCAUUUAUUGCGACAUGUGCCAAACCAGUCUCGACGUUCAUUUUAAUAACGAUUUCGGUACUUUUCUUCUUAUCGUUUUUGCAAGAUUUCUAAAAGGUAGGGGGAAAAUAUGACGAUUUUUGAAGUAACAUAUAGUUUUGUUCUAAGCAGCAGUAUCAAUGUACUUCAAGAAAAAAAUUUUUUUUAAGGUUUUUAAUUUGAAGGCUUUUUCUUCUGAAAUAAAACAGAAAAAUAGUCUCUACAAGCUAAAUUUGAACAUUUUUUUGAGUUUUCUGAAGCUCACAGUUUUGAAAAAAAGUUUUAUGAGAAUUAAAAAAAUUUUUUUUAAUGUUUAAAAAAAUUAUAAAAAAUAACCCAGGAUGCUUUUUCGGUGGUAUGAAAAAAAGACCAGCGAAAAUUCAAACGGCGACUUUUCCGAUUUUUUCAUAUCGCUAGGGAUCUUUCCGACUUUUUUCCCUUAUGUUUUUCGGUUUAUAACACAUCUAUGAACAUUUUUUUCUUAUUUCUUUGUGUUUUUAAUCAUGAACCAACUAUCUACUUCAUAUAGCAAGAUUUAAAAUAAAGAUUUUAUCGAGAAGAAAAAGUCGGAAAGUUCCCUAGCGAUAUGAAAAAAAUCGAAAAAGUCGCCGUUUGAACUUUCGCUGGUCUUUUUUUCAUACUACCGCUUUUUUUUAGUUGAAAAAAAUUAUUUUUUUCAGCCCAAGAUUUAUUAAAUCGGAGCGAAACAGUACUGGAAGCUCUGUGUUCGGAAUUCGACGGCGCGAUUUUGGAGGCGAAAUUGUUCCGCGAGAAUUUCUACUGGAAACGACAUACGUGGUCGUGGCUCCCAGAUCGUUGGGACGUCGUCGAAAAUUGCGCCCCCGGCGGAUUAUUGUUCGUUUUUUACAGAUUUUAUUCCAAAUCAAUAUAGAUAUGAAAGUUAAUUUUGCCACAACUGAAAAAAUACGGAAUUUCUUUUCCAAGAGCCAUUAUUUUUUUAAUAGACUCUCUCACUUACUCCAUAAAUCCUAUCAAAACCGAUAUUCCGCUGAAAUUUCGGGUAUCUGGAAGUCCGAAAGUACACUGAAGGAGAGUUUCAUAAAAAAAUUCGACGAGGGGGAGGGGUGGGCUUCCUAUCUUGAAAUUGAAAGUUUUAAAAAAAUAGUAGAAUAGCCGAGCUUUUUAAAUAGUCGGUGGCGCUUUAUUUGAACUUUCGCCAAGAACUCCUUCUCCGUUUUGACGUUUUAGUGGCCACUAUAGUAGUCAAAAUUAGUGGCCACUUAAUUGGUUAAAAAUUAGUGGCGAUUAUAGAGGUCCUAGUGCUACGCCGCUUUUGAAGUUGGAAUGAAUCGACUAGGAAAAUUUCUAGUGGCCACUAUAGAGGCUCGCCAAGGACUACUUGGAGAGGACACUGAAGUGGCCAUUAAACCCUCCUCUAUAGGGGUCACUAUUUUCCGGUCAAGGGGCCACUCUAGAGGCUAUAGAGGCUUGGAGAGGACACUGAAGUGGCCACUAAUCCCACCUCUAUAGUGGUCCUAUUUCACGUUUUAGGGGCCACUAUAGAGGUUUUCUAUUUAGUGGCCACUUGAGUAGUUUUUCAUCCAGUAUUCCUUCCAGUAACUUUGAUAAUCUUAAAACAAACAGAUUGGAUCAGGUAUGUUGAUCCAUUGACCCCUAAAGUGGUCACUAAAACUUUUAGUGGUCUAGUAAUAGCACUUAGACCUCUAUAGUGGCCACUAAUUUUUGACCCCUUAAGUGGCCACUGAUUUGACUACUAUAGUGGCCACUAAAACGUCAAAACCUUAUAGUGGCCACUAAACUUUUUCCUAGUAGACAACGAGAACUUUCUAUCGUCUGAACCCACAAACUUUUUGAAGAGAUCGGCUCAAUGAAACGUACAACACGCUGCUUUUGCGGCGAGGACAGCUCGACGAGCGACUUUUCGUCCCGGACAACAUCGAACUGGUUUUCGAUGAGGCCUACGAUGGUUCGUUUCCUUUUGUAGUUGUCCCAGAAAAAUUAACUCUAAUGCCUAUUUCAGAAAGUAUUUUUUUGUUCUUGAAUGUUUUUCUUGUCCUUGUGUAGCCUUUAGGAAAUCUUGUGUUCCUGUGAAUAGCUAAAGUUGUCACUCUAGGACUUUUUUAGGGUCCUCUUGAGGGAGGCACUCUCUUCUAUAGAGGUCCCUAAAGCUCGCAGAAGUGGUCACUAUAGUGGUUUUAGCUAGUGUCUACUCUAGGGACGAGUUAGUUGUUACUAGACGUUCAAAUCAGAAUAAGAAGUUUCAAAGGCCGCUAUAGGGGCCACUUGGGUCACAGCCGAACUACUAAAGGGACCGCUUAGAUUUUAGCCCUCUAGGGUGCAUUAUUUUGUUCACUUUUGGGACCACUUUGGCGAUCCUAGGUACAGAAAAGCUGCCAAAUGUUUAAGGUCUUUUUUUAAAGCCUUUCAUUUUUCAGCUCCAAAAAAGACCAUAAUGCUUUUGGAGCUGAGAAAAUGACCCUUUCUCGUAAUAAAGCCAAUUUUUUAUUUUUCGAUUCAGAAAGUGCGGUUGAAGUAUUGAAAAGAGGGCCUGAUAAUCGGGUUUUCGAGGAUGCCCAGCUUUUGAUGACCAUUUCGGCUCAGGUUUUCCGAUUUCAAAUCAUUUUUAGAGCAAUAUUAGUCUUCAGAACUGCUUGGAACGGGUAACCGAGGGAAAGUUCACGAAACCUUUGGAAUACACAAGAAAGUUGGUCCCAUUUGUUGUCCCGAAAAGAAAAUUGUUUGAAGUUGUACCAUGCCGAUCGACAAACUCUGCAACUCGACCCUCCUUGGGGAACAACACAAUAUCGAAAUCUUGAAGGAUUUCGUCGCCGAAUUCCAAUUGGACACGUCGAGCUUGAAAAAGUUCUCCCAGGGAUUCCCCGAGAGCCCUUUGAAUCUGAUCAUCGAAUUUUACGAUCAAUUCCAGGCGGAGUAAGUUUUAUUCAAAUGGAAAACUGGCUCCAAAAUCGCUCUAAAAUGAAAACUAGGCGAUCAUACAUGGGACAGUCUCAUUGGGACCUGAAAAGGAAGGAGACUUGGCAAAAACGAGAAAAAAAGGGGGGGUGGCAAAAAAACUGUAAAAAAAUAAAUUUUCUGAAAAAAAGCUCUUUUUGUGAAGUUCAGUUGAUUAGCAGAAUCGAUUUUUCGAGUUUUUUUGGGGGGCGGGGGGCUUGCUAGUUUCGCUCAUCCCAUGUAUGAUACACCGGCUGGGUCCCACCUAGCCUUUUUGAGCGCGAAAUUGGAAAAAUUUACUGAAUUAGGCCGCACUUUUUUUGGGGGAGGGGGGAAGGGUAGACCGCGCUUUUUUUAAAGGGGGGAGGGUAGACCGCACUUUUUGGGGGAGGGGUAGGCCGCACCCCGGGGUAGGAUCCAGUCGACGUAUAGAGAUACAGAACCUUCCGGGAAGCUUCCUUUCAAUGCGCGCGGCCUGCUUUUUUGCAUGUGCCUUUAAUUUGGCCUAGUUUCCUCGAUAUUAAAGGCGCAUAUCCACAGGUAGGCCACGCGCAUCGAAAGGAAGCUCUCCGGAAGGAUUCGGGACAAGAUUGCCCGGAAUGGACCAUAACACCCAAGGAGGCCUGUCUGCGCUCUCCAUCAACCAGACACUAUUUCUUUUAUCAUCGUGUCAGGACCCUUUUUUCGAUGACAGCCGUGAAUCAGCUGAACUUUUAAAGUUUUGACUGUAUAGUCUGGUAAAAUUCAAGUAGAAUGACGCCAUUCAAAGACGCUUUGUCUUGCUCUCUGAUUGGUUUAUCGCGCCAUUAGGGGCGGAGCUUAGGAGAAAAUUCAAAAUCUGAAUUAUUCGAAUAUUGCGAAUGAAAUCUAAUUUUUUGAACUUUAGGGCCUCAUAAAGCGCAAAAAAAUCACUUUAAAGCUAUACGGAAAUUCAAAUUUCAGUUUCGCGGGCUUUAUCAAUAGAGCAUAUUUUCACUUUUUUGUAAGCUUUCUUUUUUUUCAUAGACUUUAAAUAAUCUACCAUGAGUGAAAAUUUUUUAAAAAUCUAAUUUGAGUCUUCUUCUAGAAAAGGACUCAUAAAAGUCUAUUUUUAAAUUAUUUUUUUUUGGUCAGAACCUCAAGUUUUUUUGCAGAUUACUGCAGCGAGUCGAAGAUGAUAAUAAAUGGGAUCCCAAUUUUGACACCGAUUUUUCCGACGGGUUGUCUGAAAAUCUGGAACUAUUGAAGUCUCUUUACUUGGUUCGUUUUCCUAGCCUUUUUUCAAAAUUUUCUUCUUUUACAGAGGUUCGUCGAUCUCGUUGUGGUGACGGAGGUUGAGCGCGGAACUUUGAAUAUUUAUAUUUUGGUAGGUUUUUCUUGUGUCGCUGGAAAUUCGAAAAAAUCGGUUUAGGGGGUCUUGAAACGAAAAGAGUUUGCAAAAUGUAUUUACGUCGCCGCCUUGGAGUUGGUCCUCUUCGCAAACUCGAGCCAACGACAGUUUCCUUGGAGCGCACAGGUUAUCAUUUUUGAAGACUUGAAAAGCUUGGUCGCAUUCGGAAUGGCUCUGCGCGUUGAGCCAUUCCGAAUGCGACCAUUUUUUGCAAGUGGAGAAAAUCUCUUGUGAAAUCACAAAGUUAAACCUGGGGAAAUGUUUAGUGGCCACUAUAGAGGCUCGCCAAGGACUACUUGGAGAGGACACUAAAGUGGCCCCUAAACCCACUUCUGUAGUGGCCACUAUAGAGGUUCUCUAUUUAGUGGCCUCUUCAGUGGUUUUUCAUCCAGUAUUCCUUCCAGUAACUUGAUAAUUAAAAAAAAAUAUUGGACCAGUUAUGUUGAUCCACUGACCCCUAAAGUGGCCACUAAAAUUUUUAAAGGUCUGGUAGUACUACUUAGACCUCUAUAGUGGUCACUAAUUUUUUUAACCCCUUAAGUGGCCAUUAAUUUGACUACUAUGGUGGCCACUAAAUCGUCAAAACCUUAUAAUUACCACUAAAAAUUUUCCCAGAUAUUCAAUUUCUACUGGAAAGAAUAGAAAAUUUCCGAAAUUUGUGUUUCCUUCUCAUAACCAUCACAAGGAACCUAGAAAUUCUCUUAAGGUUGAUAUUUUGAGAUUUUAAAAAAGAAAUACUUCGUAAAUGAAGACGAAGACUUUUUUAGUUUAUUCUAGUAUUUUUUCCAGACUUGCGGGCUGGAACCCUUCGUUUUCCAUCGGAUAAUCGACGUCAUUCUUCUCAACGAGACAGAUUUGCCGCGACCUUUGGUGGACCAUCUGAAUCAGGUCUUCAUAGCCUUCUUUCUUAAAAAAAUCCAUGAAAGAUGGUAGUUUAGCUUUCCUUGUGAUAUCUCUUACGGAAAAAAAGCUGACUAUUUUUUUCACAUUUAUAUUUUUUUGUCACUAAUAACACCAGUCGUAACAAUUUUAAACAUACUUUUUUCUUAGCGUCCUUUUUCUUUUUUCGGUUUCUUUUUUCUAUGACGUCACCGAUAAGAGAAAAGAGACGCAGACAAGUCAGAAUAUUUCAAGUACAUUUAUUUUAUUAAUCCAUCAAUUUUUGCUUCAAGGUCGAAGAAAGGAUACUGGAAGAGUUGGGCUGGCUUCCCACCAGCAAUAUUUGGGUGUACGUUUUAAGAACGCCCCUUUCCAGAUGUCCGCCAUUCGAUGAAUCCUUCUUUGAUAUCGGUUAAUUCUUUUAAAAAAAAUUCAUUAACUUUCAUAACUUUCAGACUCAACCCCCCUAUUCUUCACCCCCUUGAAAAAAUCGAAACUCGAUGAUGAUUUCGUAUUACCCAGGGAAAAACAUAACGAUCUUGCAAUUCCGAAAGCGUUGAAGCUUUUCCUGCGGCGGGUGAGAAAAUUUUCCGUUAAACUUGAAUUUUAAUAUCUUUCAGAUCCUCUACAUAGCCUCUGUGAGGCUCAACGAUUUGUGUGAACGGAUAAAAAAAUGGAUGAAUCGUGAGUUAUUAUUCAUUAUCGACUUUUUGUUUUUAAAAAAGACUUUUUUGCAGAGUGA